ACCGCUCAAAACUAUGAAAGAAAAGGGAACGCAGAGCGUAGAGCGCACGCGACUACUGGGAGUGGGGUGGGGGAGGUUCUGUCUUGGUUUUUGUGUGUCCAGAUGUUGCGGACAAUUAUCAUAUCAGCAGCACAUCAUUUACAGUUAAGUGAAAAAGCAGAUUGAGCCGCGAUCGGAAGAGAGAGAGAGAGACUUCCUUAAUAAGCAGCUCCCUUGGGUCCGAGCGCAUCAGUAUUACGUAGACUCUAGCCGCGAAAGGAACCAGAACCAGCAUGAGGAACUCCAACUCCAUGGAUUGUGAGACCUGCUAUUAUGUGGAUUUUAGCAAGUCGUGGCUCAGUCAGACCCAAGGCUAUACGGACUACAGCUAUGGCCAUGGUCAGAGCUAUAAUCAGGGAUAUAUUGCAAUGGAUGCCAAUUGGUCGUCGUCCAACGAUGCACACGAGCUGGAACAGCACAGGUCGUCCCCCGCCAGGCAGGAAGAGCCAGUCCGAGAGUCCAGUCCCAAGGCCAGGGCAGCCACCUCGCAGCGCAAGGAGCGCACGGCAUUCACCAAGUCGCAGCUUAAGGAGCUGGAGAGCGAAUUCUGCUUCUCAAACUACCUGACGCGCCUGCGACGGUACGAGAUCGCCGUGGCGCUGGAGCUGACGGAGCGGCAGGUGAAGGUCUGGUUCCAGAAUCGUCGCAUGAAGUGCAAACGCAUCAAGCUGGAGGGAGCAGGAGGAGGAGCCAUAGGAGCCACCAAGACGCACUGCUAGUUUGUACAGGGACAUAUU